AGUGACCUCAUGAGCCUUUGAUUCCAUCACCUAUGUGUUGUCUGUGAUGCUGCUGCAAGCAAGCUUUUCAUUGUACCUGUACCUCGUUGUACUUAUGCAAUGACAAACUCGACUUGACUCAAUCCCUGGACUGCUGUGGGUCAGUCAGUAGGUGACCAGUGACUGGCACCCUUGGUAGGACAUCUCCAGACCCCCGGACUGUGGGUCAGUCAGUAGGUGACCAGUGACUGCCCGGUGAGCAGUGUGAAGCCUGCAGCGUAACUUGCGUCAGCAGCAGGAGAAGCGCCCAGCUCCAGCCCUGCACCUGAGGUGCGGCGGGGCUCUGACCUGGUUUAUCUCGGGACAGGUUGACCGAGGCUCCCACGGGAUUGGCAGGGAAACAGUGACGGGCUCUCUCUCCUCUCCCUCCCCCCCUCGCACGACGCAAGAUGUUCCCGCUGGAUCCCCGCAGGAUUGACGUAACCUGGAAAAGCGCACCGAGCUGCUCCGUGCUCCGUGCUCCGAGCUCCGCCGGCCGGGGAAGCACAGCCUGGGCGCCCGCACCCAACCCUUCUGGUGACCGGGCCCGGGAGCAGCGGGGUCCGGGCGGGAGAUCUCGGAUGCUUCCUGAAUGAAAUUGAGGGGCAACAGGUUGGAGAACUGGUUUCGUCCUUUGAAGAUGGUUGAAGCAUCGCUCCAGCAUCCCGGCGUGUUGCUGCGGUGACCAGUGGACAGGAAGGAUCCAGCUUGGCUGCUCUGAACUGAAUGAAAAGUAUAACAGAAAACUAAGGCCAAGGAAGGAUUAGGAAUGAAGACACUUUAACUUAUUACCAGGAAAAAACCAGUGAUGGGAAGGCAGGUUUACGGAUCACACCGUCACACUGCCUAACAAGACACUUCAAGCUGGCCGACAAGUUUCUCCUUUCACAAAACCACAUUCACAACUACACAUCCUAAAGAACUGCUUGAUGGAGCUUUUUUGGAUUGAAUAAUGUAUAUAUCAUGAAACAAGCAUGUGGUCUGUACAAAGAGAAGGGCAGCAAUGAGACCAAAUGAAGGUGUGACAAGAGGCUUUAAGUGUACAGGAACCUGGACGGAAUGCACACAAACCCUGCUGCUUCAGCUGACAAAGCAGGAAAGAAAUUCUUGUUUCAUGACCUGGUAUCUGAAUGGAUGAAGGAUGAAGAAGCUUCAAAGAUCUUGAGCACAAAGCAAAGUAUUGUAGAAACACAGAGCAGAACCACCUCAACAAAACAGAGUCCGGGGAACAGACCCAAGCCAUGGACACACUUAAUAACAGAGGUUCAGCUAAAACAAAAGUCAUGCAGGGACAUUCUAAACCCGUGGAUGGUUUUAGUGAUACAUCAAGUGUUGGGAGCAUUUUGGAUGAAGCAGACAGAGAAGUAAGUAGUCUUACAGAGCGUGCUUUUAAGAGCUUGUGUGUUGUAGAAGAAGGUAUGUGCAAUGAGUCUGAGGUGCACAGUUCACCGUCAGCUGUCAAUGUGAAUCAUGCUGCCCCAGGCACAGAAGGGAAAAAGCAUUCUGCAGGCGAAUUGAAAAACUGUAAUAUGUCACCAAAACUAAUCAAGAAACAACCAAAAGAGUUGCCUGAGACAUUCCAGGAAUCAACAGGACAAUAUUCUGUUGGAGAAGCGAAAGGUGACAAAUGUAACAUGGGAAAUGGCUUCCUAAUUGAAGCCAUGGAGUCAAAUCAGAAGUAUCAGCAGAAGCCAAAGGUUUCUUCACUGGUUGGAGCUUUUGAUCAAAAUGAUAGAGAUUUCACAGGGACUGAGGCACUCAGUGGGAAGCCAGCUUCACACCCUGAACCACCAGGGGAAGACGCCAUUAAAAACAUUGCGCAAUUCGACGCGUCAGCCAUCGUCAACUUGCACAGAGAGAAGUCAAGCUUUUCUGCUACUUGUCAAGAAAAUUAUUGGAUAAAUAAAAAACACCAGCCGCAAGACAAAGGCGGCAAAACCAAUAUUUUAGGAUAUCUGAAGUCCUCACAGUAUCGAAAACCCACUGACUUUAAGAAUCUUCACCAUUCUGGUACAAAAUUCGAUAAAACCUUGUCUGAAAAGGUCAACAGGCUUAAGAAGUUGGAUACAAAGAACAGCUUUCUUCAUAGUGAGUGCAGUGCAUUCAAAUCCUGGCAGGAUCACAGUAAAUCUCUGUUUGAAGAGGAUACUCCACCUGAAACACAUAACGCCAACCUUCAGUCCAAUGUUCACUUGCAGGGUUCUGAUGAAAAUAUCAUAACUCAGAAACAAGCCCCUUCAUUAGUGCAAGCAAAGUCUCCAAACAAAGUCAAAGCUAGCAUGAUGCAGAAUGCAGUGAACUGUUCACCCAGUAACAAAGACACAAAUUUCCAUGCACCCGUGUCUGAAGAGAAACACCACGCUGCCAAAGUAAACCAAGAUCGGGGUGAUAGUUCGCAGAUGGUUAGACCUGAAGAGGACAGUGGAGGCACAGUCGAAAAUGGGGUCGAGGCGAAAGGUUUUCAGCUGUGGAGAAACUCAAGGUACCCGUUGUACAAAAAGCAAAUGGAGGCUGAGUUAGUGAGUGUGGAUGAACCCUCCACGAAAAGUCCACCUGUGACUGAAGCUGCAACAUUGGCUGCGCCGAUUCCUCAAGAGGAGAGCCCUUCCUUCUGUAUUUCGAAGCUCCUGGCGCCGAGUGUUGUCGCCAAUCCAAAUGGAAUAGAAAGAUCCAAAAACCAGCCAAUCGUGGUGACACCGCCCCUCCUUCAUCCGUGCACCAAUCAAGGCGAUGAGAUCAGAAGUGACAACCAAUCAUUUUUAGGCUAUAAAAGCAAAGCAACAAGUCUGAUGUACAACCUGAAGGAUGUCAGGAAACGAGUAAAAUCCACCUAUUCAUCUGCCGGUACUCCACAAAGCGUCUCUGAGCCCGCAAAAAACAAGCACUAUGUUCAUCAAAACAUCAGCGCAAGAACAUCCUCCGCUCCGGUUCGGCUGGGUAUCAGGGAAAACAUUGUGACUGACACCAGUGAGCAGCGAAAACACGACACAGUGCCCAAUGCCGCUGAUGUCAGACCCACUGCUGACUACCUUAAAGCUGCAGUGGUUCCUAAAGCUGAGCUGGACGCAUGGAAGAAUGAUGAUUAUCUAAACCUACGAUCACCACAGACGGUUAAAGAAGGUGGGAGCUACCCCGGCUGGAGAACAAAAAGUUCCAGACCUCAGUCAGCCAUGACAGCAUCAGAGGUUCAUGCAGGCAGAGGUCUGGAGAGAAGGGUUGCACAUCAGCUGAAUAAACUGACUGCAAAAGAGAAAGCAGAUCACUCCACAACGACUUUACAGAAGGACUCAGUGUCUGCAAGUGGUAGCCCAGAGAGAGCAGUAAUUGCGCAAGAAAAGGCAGAGCAAAAACAGAGUCGGUUCCAUGGUAACAGAAAGCCUGAAUAUGACCUAGUCAGCCACCCACAGAAAGAGAUACGGCCACACGAGAGGCACUCCAGAAGGCAGGAGGGAAAGUUGACAUCACAGAGAGUGCAGGAUGCUGGUUGCCCAACCAGGGACCAGAGUGCGUCCAGCCAUUGGGGGUCUUCCCAUUCCACAAGAGAAGACAAAACUAGGCAUGAUUUAAAGUCCUACAUUGACUUAGGUAACAGCCACUCCCAGGGCCCAGAGCAAGCGGUGGUUAACCACUCGAGAGAGCCGUGCACUGGAACCACGAAAAGUCGCCCCGCAGCUGAGAAUGACAAAAACUUUGAAAAGAAUGAAUUGCAGUAUUAUGCACUGAGUGACCCGACGACAAGCUCUGAGAGGGGAGGGGAGAAACAAAACACACCGAUGAUGUUUCAAAGUCAUUCCCAACAGGAAAUGUCAAGAGGUUUAACAGAGCAGAGAACAAAGGACAGUGGUUCUGCGGGCAUGUGUGAAGAAAAAUUCUACAGCAUUUUCUCAAAGCAGGAAGAAGACAGGCCAGGAAGUAACAUCCCGACUUCCCCGAGGCAUGCUCUGUCCAAAGUCAAAGAUAAUGCACUGAAAACAUCCACAGGAACGAAACCGGUAAAGCUAAUUCUCCCCAAGGGAGCAGGUGAAGGUGGAGACGUGAACACUUUUAAGGAAACACCAACCGUGUUAACAUCAAACGAAAUCCCAGACGGUGCCAAACCUGGCUCAAGUGAGAUGCCUUUGGCCAGUUCAGUGACUCCCAACCCAAGACCAGAAUCAACAUGCAGUCUAGAUUCAAAAGCAGCAGGAAAACCACCCGUUGUUCCUCCAAAGUCGGAAAAAGCAUUGCGUCGGGCCAAGAAACUGGCGACCAGGAGGAAAAGGACCGAGAACAAGCAGAGAAAGCAGAGCAGUGACGGUGCAGAAACUGACCCUGCUCUCUCAAGUCUGCCGAUGUCUCCCCCAAGUGUACCCACAUCACCACUGCCCACUGUUUGCCCUCCAGUUCCUCAACAGCAACUCACUUCGUAUGAUUUCUCAGCCCUCCGCAACAGCCCGGCAUUAAAUAAUGCACAGUCCAUUGCAUCUGUACAUUCAUUUCCAUUAAGCCAACGGAAAUUACUUCAAGAUCCUGAAACUGGUCAAUACUUUGUUGUAGAUAUUCCCAUCCAAGUGCAGAGAAAGACAUUGUAUGAUCCAGAAACUGGGAAUUAUUUCCAGGUGUCCAUACCCUCAACAGGUCAGAACACCACACUAGAUUUUUUUAAUACUUCCUACGUGCUAUAUCCUGGCUUUCUGUCCUUCCCACUGAUGCCAACUCUCCGGCCUCCUUCGCAAAUGUCAGCACCCGCAGUUCUCCUGGAGCUACAGAAAGAGGAGGAGUCUUUGAAUGAGCGGACUAACUUUGGUUUGGGGGACACAGAGGAACAAGAAAAUCAGCCGUAUAUUGAGACACUUUAUGAUUGUCUCACUGGGAGCAGGGCGGGUAGUGAAAAGGAGACUUGGUGCAAUGCAAUGAACAGUCAGAUGCAACCAGAAGACCACAGUUUGGAAUUAAUUGUCAUGGGGGAACUGGAGGAUAUUGCCAUCGAAAACAAUUAGCGCAAAGGUAAUGAAAGCUGUGAUCGCCCUGCACUGGAGGGAAUCGCAGCCAUUUAAAGACUUUAUCGGUGUCUGUUGAGCAAGUCAGAAAUUACAUAGGGAGUCUUCCAUACAUGUGCUGCGUUGUAUGGUGGUUCUUAACUAUUUCAGAUGUUAAAUUAGAUGUGGCAUCAGAGAUUGGAAAUAAAGAAACAAAAGUUGU